AAUUUUUAGAAACAUCCUGUAAUCUACGUCAUUUCCGCUGUGCGUUAGCGUGCUUGCUGCUGAAGUAGGAAACUUGUCCUCAUGUAAACAGGAGGAAAAUUAAAGAACUCCAUCCUAAAAUAAAAUCUGAAAUUCACCCGCCUGAUCCCUGUCUUGCACACCAGAAUCCAGUCUAGUUAUUCCUAAGAACACAUCCUACUUUGUUACAUCACACCUCCACCUUAGCUACCUUCUCCUGCUUUUGCUCUCUCUUUCUCUCCAUCCCUCCCUUCCAUCAUGACCGAACCAGAGCUGCUCACCGAGGUCCCUGCCUCUCUGAAACGGCUGGCCAAGCAGGUUGUGCGGGGUUUCUAUGGCAUCGAGCAUGCUCUCGCUCUGGAUGUGCUGAUACGGAACCCCUGCGUGCGUGAAGAGGACAUGCUGGAGCUGCUCAAGUUUGACCGCAAGCAGCUGCGCUCAGUGCUGAACACACUCAAAGCCGACAAGUUUGUCAAGUGCCGUAUGCGGGUGGAGACUGCGCCUGAUGGCAAGACAACACGGCACAAUUACUAUUUCAUUAACUACAGGCUGCUGGUUAAUGUUGUCAAGUACAAACUGGACCACAUGCGCAGGCGAAUAGAGACGGAUGAACGGGACUCGACUAACAGAGCCUCCUUCCGCUGCCCCUGCUGUCUGAACACAUUCACUGACCUGGAGGCCAACCAGCUGUUUGACCCCAUGACUGGGACGUUUCGCUGUACCUUCUGUCAAACAGAAGUAGAGGAGGACGAAUCAGCCGUGCCAAAGAAAGAUGCCCGCACUCUGGUGGCACGCUUCAACGAGCAGAUAGAGCCCAUCUACGUACUGCUACGAGAGACGGAGGACAUCAACUUGUCCCAUGACCUCCUGGAACCUGAGCCAUCAGAAAUCCCAGCCCUAAAACAAAGUCGAGAGCGGGCUGCCCAGGCAGCAGCAGGAGUUGCUGCAGGGGCACCUGGUCGGGAAAUGUGGAAAACCAAGGGCUCGUCAUAUGACCUUUACACACAGAAUGUGGUCAUCAACAUGGAAGACCAGGAGCCUCAGCUUGGCCAGACAGCUGAGGGCAAAGCCCCCAAAGAGAGGCCCGUAUGGCUGACGGAAAGCACUGUGCAGGGGGCAUACAGUGAGGCAGAUGCUCUGAAGCAGGCUGGCGAAGACGCCAUAGUAACCCAGGACAGCAUGGCUGGACGAGGAGCCGCACAGGAUGAGAAUGAGGAGGUGAUGUUGGCUCUCCUCAUUCACGAGAAGAGGAGUGGAGCCGGACCAAGAGGCGCCGUCGUCUCCAAACCAACCAUUCCUGUAGCUAACGCAAGUGACUCUGACAGCGAUACCAGCGAAUCGGAAGAGGACUCUCCACCCCGGGCGCCAGCCCACUCAGUGCACAAUGCCACGGCCCUGCGGCCAGGCAGGCAAGCAGAAGUGGAGGAGGAAGAUGAUGAUGAUGAGUUUGAGGAGGUUGGGGAUGACCCUGUAGUUAUGGUUGGGGGAAGACCUUUCUCUUACAGGGAAGUAAGCCAGAGACCUGAGCUAGUGGAACAGAUGAGCGCUCAAGAGAAAGAGGCAUACAUUGAGAUGGGCCAGAACCUCUUCCAGGACAUGUACUUCUGAGUAGAUCACUUGACAGAUCAACUGUCUGCAUCACACUGUUUCUUUCUUUCUGUAUCUCCCCAUAAACAGUUUUUCACAGGAUGCAGUUCUGAUGAGUCUCCUUUGCACACUUUAUCUCAUACAGUGUUGUGCGUCAUGCCAGAGCUGAGGAAUGUAGUGUUAUAGCGUUGAAUCUUCUCCUCUCUCACCCAUCUGUGACAAGACCUUUUGCCAUAUUCACAAACAGAAUAUACAUACUCUGGUGCCAAUGGAGCGAAGUAUCUCAUAGUUGUAAACAAUAGUAUCUUACACAUUGGCAGACAUGCUCACACCACUACCUUUCCUUUUUAUGGGCUUUUGUUUAGCAGUCUCACCACAUUCAGAGACUUCUAAGCCAAUGACAGUGUUGCUGCGAUGACCUCCGAGACAGUUUCACUCAAAAGAAAACUCCUGAGGCUUUCAGACGUGAUUGGCAAUUGAAUGAUGGAGAAAGCGUUUCUUUCUUGUAAAGUGACACUCACUUUGGCUCUCUUGUGUUUUUUGUUUUUUUGUUUUUUUUGUGUGUUUUUUUUGCUCUAAGCUAGAGACUUAUCCACAUCUCCUAGCUUCUGUCUUUUUCAAGGUCUCCACUUCUCAACAGUAUUUAGCAAGACUUGCAGUUAGAAAGGGAAGAAAAAUUAUCUUCCUGUGGAUGACUAUCAUGAAUUGAUAUUAAAUGUAUAGUUAUGAUGAGAGAUGUUUGUUUAGAGUGUGAUUGCUUUCCUUUCACAGCAAAGAUAAUCAAUUUCUUCUCUGUUUUUCAGUUUUGUUAGAAUUUUUACAGCAAUAAAAAAAAAAAGUCUUUAAUCUCCUUAUUCAUGAGUGUAUGCGUGUGAUAGAAAGAGAGCAACAACCUCAGUGAAAACUUUUUUCAACAAUUCCCUUGUAUCUAAUCUAGAUAAAACUGCUUGUCAAGAAAUACUGUAGAUGUAUUCCAUCAACAAGAAUCCUGCUUUUAUUUUACAUUUCACUCAGUAUAUUUUGUCCGGAAUGGUUAACAAUUUAGAUUGGUUUUGCAAUGACUGUAUUAGUUUGAAAUGACCUCUUAUGUGUCAUGAUAAAAUUACAUUUGAAAGAGAGA